GUGAAAACUAGGGUAAAUCAUUAGGUGCAGUUAGGCACUGAAAGCAGUCGAUAGUUAGAAAAUAUUUUAUUGUUGACUGACGUGUCUGAAACGCUAUACCCUUGGUGGUUGGCUGCCUUGAUGGGGUCAUCGGACCGAAGUGAAUUAAUUGUAUCUUCAACUUGGUUUCGGUAUAGUCGCCACUUACAAAGCUUUGCUAACCGCAUUGCCGUUGCAUAAAGGUGCAUUUUAUUUGUAUUACAGUUUUAUUUACCUGAGAAGAAGCGAAAUGCCGCCUGUCCUUCGUAUUAUGAUGGUACAAAAGGGCUGUGCCAAUCGACCGUUCUAUCACAUAGUAGCAACGCAUCUUAGAAGGCGGCCUGAUCAGCCUACACUCGAGCAAAUCGGAAGCUUUGACCCCAUGCCAAAUGAACACAAUGAGAACCUCGUAAGCAUCAAUUACGACAGAUUAAACUAUUGGCUCGGACAGGGCGCAACACCAGCCCGUGGCGUUGGCAUGUUGCUUGGCAUGGCCGGAUAUACAAUGCUGCACCCGUACAGUUAUAAGCGCGCAUGGGAAGUUCGACUAAAAAAUAUGGAUAUGAAGUCCUCAACAACGGACGUUCCCACGAAACCGCCGGAGGCUUAGCAUAAAGCCACAGCAGAAGAACUCAAAGAAGCGGUAUCCGCUAGUAAUUAAUUAUCUCUUUAGUAUAUAUUAUGUUACUGUAACGAAUUAUACUGUUUGAACGAAUAUUAAACAUAUUUUUAGAUAUGACAGCCAAAUAAUUACCAAGAAAUCUUUAUUUUUAAGCAAUUACUCUCAUUUAAAGGGCAGUUACAUGUGCGGUCGAGCGGGUAAUAUCCAAAAAGGUAUUCAAUCUCAACACGGCAUUAAAUGAUCCUAGUAUACUCAAAGAAAGUUGCAGGGUGAGAAAUUUCACAUGUAUCGGCAUUUAAUUGCACGGCAUAUCAUCGAGAUCGACAGUUUUCAGGAAAUAAUCACACUGUUGUACAAACAAAAUGAUUUGGGCCCAUUCAUUGACUAUCUG